UCACCCGUCGCUCCCCGCAGGCGCUUCUCUCUCUUCUGCAGAUCCUCUCCUUUUGAAUUUUCUUCGAUUUGGAGUUGCCAUUUUCCGUCCGUUUCUAGAUUAGGGUUUCGAUCUCUGCUCCCGCGAAUUCUUUAUGCUUCAGCUCUAGUCUGCGGUUACCGUGGUAGUUAGAUCCGGUUUCGCGAGUUGGAUCUGCCCGUGUGAGGCGGUGGCGGACGGUGGAUCUGAGGAAUCGGUUCCACCAUGACCGGAAUGAGAGGUCUUUCUGUAUUCAUCAGCGACAUACGUAAUUGCCAGAACAAGGAGGCUGAGCGACUCCGAGUUGAUAAGGAGCUCGGAAACAUCCGUACAUGCUUCAAAAAUGAGAAGGUUUUGACACCAUAUAAAAAGAAGAAAUAUGUCUGGAAAAUGCUUUAUAUACAUAUGCUAGGUUACGAUGUGGAUUUUGGCCAUAUGGAGGCGGUUUCUCUUAUAUCUGCUCCAAAGUAUCCAGAAAAGCAGGUUGGCUACAUUGUUACAUCCUGCUUGCUCAAUGAGAACCAUGAUUUUUUGAGGUUGGCAAUUAAUACGGUGCGGAACGAUAUAAUUGGUCGAAAUGAGACUUUCCAGUGCUUGGCGUUGACUUUGGUUGGAAAUAUUGGUGGUAGAGAUUUUGCUGAAUCAUUGGCACCUGAUGUUCAAAAGCUACUUAUUUCUAGCAGUUGCAGACCGCUCGUAAGGAAAAAAGCAGCACUGUGCCUACUGCGCUUAUUCAGAAAAAAUCCUGAUGCUGUCAACGUUGAUGGCUGGGCGGAUCGUAUGGCACAACUUUUGGAUGAACGGGAUUUGGGUGUCUUGACAUCUUCUACAAGUCUUCUUGUAGCUCUGGUAUCAAAUAAUCAUGAGGCGUAUUCAAGUUGUCUACCUAAAUGUGUCAAAAUAUUGGAACGCCUUGCUAGGAACCAGGACGUGCCUCAGGAGUACACAUACUAUGGCAUCCCAUCCCCUUGGCUCCAGGUUAAGGCGAUGAGGGCUCUUCAGUAUUUUCCAACCAUUGAAGAUCCCAGUACCAGAAAAGCUCUCUUCGAGGUCCUGCAGCGGAUAUUAAUGGGGACAGAUGUGGUGAAAAAUGUGAAUAAGAACAAUGCGUCUCACGCUGUGCUAUUUGAAGCUCUAUCCCUGGUAAUGCAUCUUGAUGCUGAGAAGGAAAUGAUGUCACAGUGUGUUGCUCUUCUUGGAAAGUUUAUAUCCGUCCGUGAGCCCAACAUCAGAUAUCUAGGCUUGGAGAAUAUGACACGAAUGCUGAUGGUCACCGAUGUCCAAGACAUUAUAAAGAAGCAUCAGUCUCAGAUAAUCACCUCCUUGAAAGACCCUGACAUCAGUAUUCGUAGACGUGCUCUUGAUUUGCUUUAUGGGAUGUGCGAUGUGUCAAAUGCAAAGGAUAUAGUCGAAGAGUUGUUGCAGUAUCUUAGCACAGCAGAGUUUUCCAUGCGUGAGGAAUUAUCACUUAAAGCUGCCAUUCUUGCUGAGAAGUUUGCUCCUGAUUUAUCAUGGUAUGUAGAUGUGAUCCUUCAGUUGAUCGAUAAGGCGGGGGAUUUUGUUAGCGAUGACAUUUGGUUUCGUGUGGUUCAAUUCGUAACAAAUAAUGAAGACCUUCAGCCUUACGCUGCAUCAAAAGCAAGAGAAUAUUUGGACAAGAUCGCAAUACAUGAAACAAUGGUGAAGGUUAGUGCUUAUAUACUGGGGGAGUACGGCCACCUUCUAGCUAGACAACCUGGAUGCAGUCCAAGCGAACUCUUUAGCAUCUUACAUGAGAAGCUUCCGACAAUAUCGACUCCCUCCAUUCCUAUUCUUCUUUCCACUUAUGCAAAGCUUCUUAUGCACACUCAACCCCCGGAUCCCGAACUGCAAAAAAAAGUUUGGGCUGUAUUCAAGAAGUAUGAGAGUUGUAUCGAUGUAGAGAUACAACAGAGGGCAGUUGAAUAUUUUGAAUUGAGUAAAAAAGGGGCUGCCUUUAUGGAUGUAUUGGCUGAGAUGCCAAAAUUCCCAGAGCGCCAGUCUUCAUUGAUAAAGAAGGCAGAAGAUGUUGAAGAUACCGCAGACCAGAGUGCCAUCAAACUUAGAGCACAACAACAGCCUUCAAAUGCUUUGGUUUUGGCUGACCCACAGCUUGUUAGUGGGGCACCCCCUCCUUUGAAGGUUCCAAGCGUAAGUGGAAGCAUGCAGGACCCUCAGUCAGUGGCCCGAUCUAUCUCUCAGCCCAAUGGAACUUUAAGUAAUGUAGAUCCACAUAAUCCAUCGCCCGAUCUCCUAAGCGACCUGCUCGGUCCUCUUGCUAUAGAGGCUCCACCUGGAGGUGUCUCAACUGAUCAACAUAGUCCCAUUGGGGCAGAAGGAGUUCCAGAUGACGUUGAUGGUUCAGCCAUUGUACCUGUUGGAGAGCAAACAAAUACAGUGGAGGUGAUUGGAAAUAUUGCAGAGAGAUUUCAUGCUUUAUGUUUGAAAGACAGUGGUGUCUUAUACGAGGAUCCUUACAUCCAGAUCGGCAUCAAAGCUGAAUGGAGAGGACACCAUGGGAGACUUGUCCUCUUCUUGGGAAACAAAAGUACUUCCCCUCUUACAUCAGUCCAAGCUAUAAUACUUCCCCCUGCCCAUUUAAAACUGGAACUGUCUCCAGUACCUGAUACGAUUCCUCCUCGAGCACAGGUACAAUCUCCACUUGAAGUGAUGAACAUCCGCCCUAGUAGGGAUGUUGCUGUUUUGGAUUUCUCCUACAAGUUUGGUACAAACAUGGUCAGUGCCAAAUUACGCAUCCCCGCAGUCUUGAAUAAGUUUCUUCAACCUCUUCAAUUGACAUCUGAAGAGUUCUUCCCGCAAUGGAGAGCACUUUCAGGGCCACCCUUGAAACUUCAGGAAGUUGUAAGAGGUGUAAGACCUCUAGCUCUUCCGGAAAUGGCGAAUCUGUUCAACAGUUUCCGGGUGAUGAUAUGCCCUGGGCUUGAUCCAAACCCUAAUAAUCUAGUGGCAAGCACAACCUUCUACUCUGAAAUUACAGGAGCCAUGCUCUGUUUGGCAAGAAUUGAAACAGAUCCAGCAGAUAGAACCCAACUGCGAAUGACAGUAGGCUCGGGAGAUCCUACCCUUACAUUUGAGUUGAAAGAAUUCAUCAAGGAACACCUAAUUACCAUUCCAAUGGGAUCUCGAGCUCUAGUUCCAGCACCAGUAGCAGCACCUGUAGCUCAACCGCCUAGCCAAGCGGCUUUAGCUGAUGAUCCAGGGGCUAUGCUUGCUGGCUUACUUUAAGUCAUGGAAUACUUGCAAAUGUGGAGAACGUUUUCAGGAGGAUUUGGAAAUUAUGUUUGAUUUCAAAAUGUGAUGAAUUCUGCAAAAAAACGCCUGUAAAUGUACGGCGUCAAGAUGAGAUAUAGCCGCUUCAUUUGUCUGGACACAUUCGUCCUUAGCAAUUUUCAACUUCAGGUUUGCUGAUUCGCUACAAAAUUAACCGGUAAUUAUGACGGUUUUGACGGUGUCGUUAAGUGAUGAGUUUGACCGUGAUUUCCA